AUGUUCUGCAGCAGCUUACGAAAACGGCCUCAAUGGGAGCCAGUCCCGUCCAAUCUUCUGUCCAUACCUGCUCCAAAAUGGCAAGAGAAAACCCUCAACACUCACGACAUAGCUGUCCCGAUAUACGGGUCUGGAGAACAUCAGCAUCCCAUGCGCUUUCUGCUUUUAUCCGCAUCAGACCUGGACACCCAAGAAGGAGUUGUGGAGAGGGUAGAAAGACUUAGUCUCUUUAAUGGAGGGCAAUAUGUUGGCAUUGUUUUCCUAUUGAAGGAGAAAGACGGAAAGAAUGGCUUCACUGCAUACAUAAAGCUUCAGACAAUUUUGCUCGACCUGAGACUCGAAGUGUCCAUCAUACCUCUCAACAGCCUCCGCGCUUUAUCCAUGGCAAUCUUCGUCUGCCAGCGCCAGAUUCUUCAAUCAAAGCCAAUAAUAGUGCCCGUCUCGCCCGUUACUAUACUGUCACACUGCUCCGCCCGAGGGCAGCUCCAGGAGCACACCAAGAAUGUGCUGAGCGAUAUGUUCCACGGUUUCUCCGAGCUGGCCGUGGCAGCAACGGCAGCGGAUGGUCAAAACGCUAUCAAAGAAUACGUGCCGGACAAGGGACAAGCGGAACAAGCUAUAGAAUUUUGGCUUUGUGAAUACGUUGUUGAGUGA